ACAUUUCCCAUUUGGCUUUCCAAUCUUCGAUUCAGCAACACUCCAGCUAUGAACCUAGACCUAGAGACGAUGAUGCGCAGCACUUUGCCCCCUGAGGAGACCACGGUGUCGGCGAUCAUCGCACAGUAUCUAGCAGAAAACAGUCAGAUUUUCAAAGAACUGACUGAUCUCCGAUUGAAGGGCUGGAAUACCUCUGAGGGCGAUCAGUUUUUCCAGGCUCGUCGUGCACAAUCUGACAACGCCAAUAAGACACAGAAGCAACUGCGAGGCUUCUUCAAGAUGACAUGUGAGAUCGGACAGGAGAUGGAUGAGAACACAUCAGUCAUUACAUUCGCAGCAGCUGAUGGAGGUCAGUCCCCAAGAGUCCUGGAUAUCGGUAUGGCCCCGGGUGGGUUCACUCAGACUGUGCUACGUAAACAUCGUGACGCCAGGAUACGGGGCAUCACGUUGCCAUCAGACAUGGGAGGUCUGCGAAUCAUGCUUCCAAGAUGGAGGAACAACCUGAAGAUUCGUAUAGAAUUCGCCGAUGUCACGAUGCUAGUAAACGAGAUGGGACUGGGACGGCCGGCAACAUUCAUACCGACUCGACACCCGAACACCGCAACGUUUUCUUCAAAAAGACUGUUCGGGGACGAGAUGUUCGACCUUGUGUUCUGUGGCGCGACGGGCGCAACGACUCGACGUGCGUGUGCUGGUGCUGAACAUCAUGAGCCGCACAAGAGGCUACGAUUAGCCACGAGCCAGUUGGUCUUCGCACUUCAGCGUUUACGCAACCAAGGUUCACUGGUCUUAGUUAUGCAUAAGCCAGAAUCAUUCGAUACUGCCGAGAUCAUCCGCACGUUCACAAAGUGCUCAAGCGUGCGCCUUUUCAAGUCGAAAACGAAGCAUGCAAUCACUUCUUCCUUCUAUAUGGUGGCGAGGAAGGUGGAUACGCGGAGUGAAGAAAUGCAGUCUGCUGUUGUUAAAUGGAAGGAACAAUGGGAGAAUGCAAUGUGUCAAUCAGGUGAAGCGCUCCCGACUUGUCCCCGCGCAUCUGAAGAUCGAGUUCGCGAGAUGCUGGCAGAGUUCGGACCAGAGCUUAUCGAUCUUGCCACGCCACUUUGGAAGAUCCAAGCCGAUGCUCUUCGAGCGUCUCCGUUUCUCAAAGAGUCAAAAAGCACGAGCUAA